AUGGCUGAAAGCGAGAAUCAUCAUAUUAGAUUUCAGUCAACUCAAAAACUUCGUUCAUCGACAACUUCAUUGCAUCGCGAGCCGAGAAAAUCUUUUUCAUCAUCGAAUAAUCCGAAUAAUAAAGGAAACGGAAACGAAAAUAGAUCACGCGGUCGUCUUUUAUGGAAAGUUGCUGUUGAAGGCGUACUUGAGCAUGAAAAAUUUACGCCCAAUUCAACACCCAUGGCUUCAUUCACUAAUAAUAGUGCGCCGGUUGGGUGGUAUAAUUUAACACAGCGGUAA